AUGAAAAACACACAUGUCGACCUAAUAUGUGUGUUCCUGUCGAUAUUGAUCGGCAUCGGUGAGGCGGUCGACGUCUACACCAACCAUUUCCAUGUCCACCUGAAGGAGGGCGGCGGACUGGACGAUGCGCAUAGGAUAGCCAAACGACACGGAUUCAUCAACCGAGGGCAAGUGGCCGGAAGCGACAACGAGUUCCACUUUGUGCAGCCGGCUCUCGUUCACGCACGCACUCGCCGAUCGGCCGGACACCACGCCAAACUUCACAACGAUGACGAGGUAAGGUUAUCCGGAAGCGAUGAUCAGUGGGUUCAACAAUCGGGCAAAGUGCCGUUGCUCCCAUCUCUCUAAUGAACCAUGAUCCCUUGUGUUACAUCCUCUCCCUUAUUGACGUCACCUUUGCUCAUUCGGUAUUCAGGUGCUGCAUGUCGAGCAGCUAAAAGGAUACACACGCACGAAGCGAGGAUACCGUCCGCUCGAGCAGCGUCUCGAGAGCCAGUUCGACUUCUCGUCCGUCCUCUCGCCGUCCGAUCCUUUGUACGGAUACCAAUGGUACCUGGUGAGUACAUUAGAAGCUGUCUUGUUAUGCAUUCUCUGUAACUACAGUAAUCUCUUUCCAAUAAGUCUUGCACGAAAAGCCAUAAAGCAUGUUGAGAGCCGUCAUUUCGGCGGCUUUCACGUGUGUGUGUGUGUGUGUGUCUUUGCUCCCAUCGUUUUCCCAUAAAUUAGGAGUGUCGCCCGCCCGUUUUCUGCUUUUCUGCCUGCCCUCCGGGCUUCAUCUGGAUUCCUUUCCCCUCUCCUUUCUAUGUAAAUAAUUCAAGAGAUGAGUCGCCCGGAAGGACCCCUUUUUGUGUGUGUGUGUGUGUGUUCGGUUCUCGCGCUCCUCGCCCCAUGCACAUUUGGCCAUUUUCAGAAAAACACUGGACAAGCCGGCGGAAAGGCGCGAUUGGAUUUGAAUGUGGAAAGGGUAACGAAUUGGUAGAGAGAGAGAGAAAAGGGAAUGGAGAAAUGACGUUUCAGGCAUGGGCCAUGGGAUUCACCGGCAAGAACAUCACGACGGCGAUUAUGGACGACGGAGUCGAUUACAUGCAUCCGGAUAUUAAGAACAACUUUGUAAGCCUCUCAACUCUCGAGCGCUUAUCCGAUUCCAUUUAAUCCUUUCAGAAUGCCGAGGCCUCGUACGACUUCUCCUCCAACGACCCGUUCCCGUACCCACGGUACACCGAUGACUGGUUCAACUCGCACGGAACUCGCUGCGCCGGAGAGAUCGUCGCCGCGCGAGACAACGGAGUUUGCGGAGUCGGAGUCGCCUACGACGGAAAGGUGGCCGGCAUUCGGAUGCUCGAUCAGCCGUACAUGACCGAUCUGAUCGAGGCCAACUCGAUGGGCCACGAGCCGAACAAGAUCCACAUCUACUCGGCCUCAUGGGGACCGACCGACGACGGAAAGACUGUUGACGGACCACGCAACGCCACGAUGAGAGCGAUUGUGAAGGGAGUCAACGAGGGACGAAACGGACUCGGAUCCAUCUUCGUGUGGGCCAGUGGCGACGGAGGCGAGGACGACGACUGCAACUGCGACGGAUACGCCGCCAGCAUGUGGACCAUCUCCAUCAACUCGGCCAUCAACAACGGAGAGAACGCCCAUUACGACGAGUGAGUCACUGUUCCCACAGAUUCAUAAUAUAUGCUCAUCUGCAAUUUCAGGUCUUGCUCUUCCACCCUCGCUUCCACCUUCUCCAACGGAGGUCGCAAUCCAGAGACGGGAGUCGCCACCACAGAUCUGUACGGAAGAUGCACUCGUUCUCACUCGGGAACCUCCGCCGCCGCCCCCGAAGCCGCCGGAGUCUUUGCCCUUGCCCUUGAAGCGAAUCCGUCGCUCACCUGGAGAGAUCUGCAGCAUUUGACGGUCCUCACUUCCAGCCGCAACUCGCUUUUCGACGGAAGAUGCCGUGAGCUGCCAGCACUCGGAAUCAAGGACAACCACAGAGACUCGCAUGGAAACUGCUCGCGUUUCGAGUGGCAAAUGAACGGAGUCGGAUUGGAGUACAACCAUUUGUUCGGAUUCGGAGUGCUCGACGCCGCUGAGAUGGUCAUGCUCGCCAUGGUUUGGAAGACCGCCCCGCCACGUUACCACUGCACCGCUGGACUCAUCGACAAGCCACAGUGAGUUCAUGCUCCUCGUUGCCGACUCAAUCACAUACUUUCAGCGAGAUCCCCGCCGACGGCAACCUGAUCCUCGACAUCGACACUGAUGGAUGCGUCGGAACCCAAUUCGAAGUGCGCUAUCUGGAGCACGUGCAGGCCGUCGUCUCGUUCAACUCGUCGCGCCGUGGAGACACCACCCUCUACCUGAUCUCUCCGAUGGGAACCCGCACUAUGAUUCUCUCCCGCAGACCGAAGGACGACGACGCGAAGGACGGAUUCACCAACUGGCCAUUCAUGACGACCCACACCUGGGGAGAGAACCCGACCGGAAAGUGGAGGCUUGUUGCCCGAUUCCAAGUGAGCCAUCAUUUCCCCCCUUCCUCCUCAUCACAUUUCUCUCUUUUCAGGGCCCUGGACCGCACGUCGGAACCCUCAAGAAGUUCGAGCUGAUGCUGCACGGAACCCGCGAGGCGCCGUACAACUUCAUCGAGCCGAUGGUCGGACAGUCGAACAAGAAGCUGGACACCGUGCAGAAGGCCCACAAGCGCAGCAGACACUAA